ACACCACAACCAGCUUCAGAACUCAAAUCAACGUUUGAGGGCAGUUUCGUAGUAUCACCGGCAUCUGACUCCAUGAUUUAUAGUUCCGUAUUAGAAUUAAUCACAAGCGAAAUUACACCUUCAAUACCGGGAGUGUUCUCAACAACAAUGGAUAUUUUUGAAACAAGUGAUUUGUUACCUACCGAUGUCGAUACUAAACUACCGUCAUCUAUUUGGAUAUCAAGGACUGUUGAAGAUAUGACUACAAAUAUGUUUGAAACACUGACAACAACAAUUAUGAGUGACAUGGUCUAUACUCCAUGGAUAUCUCCUUCCUACCUUGUACAAUCAAGCCAGCCUAUGUCAAGUCCUGUUUUAAGGUCUACUGUUCUGUUCCCCUCUGUUUCAUAUGGCACAUUUUCGACUGCCUUCCCACGCACAGAUGACGUCACUACUGAAAUAUUUUCCACAGUGUAUUCGGAACUAACACUUUCAAUGGCGCCCUCUACGAAAUUGGUUGGGUCUGAGAGAUCAACAAUCUUUGAUGACAUCAUACCAACACCAUCAGAAUCAACUGGUAACAGAGUGAAAAGAAGUGUCUCCCACGUGAUGUCUGAAUUCGAAACCGUGUCUCUCUAUGAAACACAGACACUGGAAAGUAAUCCAUCCUUCCAAACAAUAACACCACAUCCAGCAUCAAACUUCCAAUCAAAGAUUGAGGGCAUGGCAUCUGACUCCAUGAUUUAUAGUUCCGUAUUAGAAUUAAUCACAAGCGAAAUUACAUCUUCAGUACUGGGAAUGUUAUCAACAACAAUGGAUUUUUCUGAAACAAGUGAUUUGUUACCUUCCGAUGUCGGUACUAAACUACCGUCGUCUAUUUGGAUAUCAAGGACUGUUGAAGAUAUGACUACAAAUAUGUUUGAAACACUAACAACAACAAUUAUGAGUGACAUGGUCUAUACUCCAUGGAUAACUCCUUCCUACCUUGUACCAUCAAGCCCGCCUAUAUCAAGUCCUGUUUCAAGGUCUACUGUUCUGUUUCCAUCUGUUUCAUAUGGCCCACUUUCGACUGCCUUCCCAAGAACGGAUGACGUCACUACUGAAAUAUUUUCCACAGUGUAUUCGGAACUAACACUUUCAAUGGCGCCCUCUACGAAAUUGGUUGGACCCGAGAGAUCAACAAUCUUUGAUGACAUCAUACCAACACCAUCAGAAUCAACUGGUAACAGAGUGAAAAGAAGUAUCUCCCAAGUGAUGUCUUCAGGAGUAUCGCAGUCAGACUUGAUGACUUCAUGGCUGACUUCUGAAGUUGUUGAGACAGAGAUAUCAAGUGAGAAUGUAGUGGCAUCGGAUACAUUACCUAUUACCAAAGGAUCAACGGAUUUCAUCUUUUCCACGUCAUUCUUUGAUGGGAGUAGACAAACCAUUUUCGAUACAUUGUCUCUCUAUGAAACACUGACAGUAGAAAAUACUCUAUCAUUCAAAACAUUAACGCCAGAACCAUCAUCAAACUUCCAAUCAACGUUUUGGGACAGUGUGGUAACACCCCAUCCAACUAACUCUAUGGGGCAUAGUUCUGUCUUAGAUUUAAUCACAAGCUAUGUGACCGUUUCAGAUAACUUAGUGAAAAGUUCUGAACCUUUUGAUUCACUUUCAUCCUCCUUGCCCUCCAGCAUCCUGUCAAUAUUUCCUUCUGAGGAUCACAUUCUACGAUCUUCGACUGAUGAAACUAUUCUUAUGUCGACUGAAUUGGUUUACUCCACAAUUGUCCCACCCUCGUCUAUUUCACCAAGCUGUGCGUCACCAGUUCAUUCGAAGAUAUGUUUCUCUUUCCCUUCUGGUAUAUCCUGCACCUGUACGAAUCCUCCGCCUUCCUUGCCUCCAAAUUUCUGUUCUACGAUCAACUGUGGCUCAUCGAGGAUAGCCUCCACAAGUAUGCUGCCAUCAGAUUAUUCUAUAGACGAGUCGUUUAUCUACGAGACAGUGGUAAUAACAACGGAAGUCUUGAUUUAUCCAACUCCUGACACAACUCAAAUUUUGCCAAGCUAUGACGUCUCCUCCAUAAUCAGUCAAAGCACAAGAUUCUUCACAGAUUUUCCAAUCUCCAGCAAGAUUUCACAGCCUGAAACAACCAUUGGUCUAUCACCGUCUUACUCGUUUGACAGCGAGUUUCGUAGUUAUACCUCCAGUCAAAUGGAGUCCCUUGGAACUCAAUUUGAAACAACCUAUAUGGUGGAAACAUCGGAUAUAAAAUUCCCUAGUUCUGAAAUCGUAUCUUCAAACCUGGAGCCUUCAUACACCUACACCUCACCAUCAUCGGAAUUAACCCCGUUUAGCACAUUUUUGGAUCAAUCUAUUGUUUCAGAGCCUCCAUUUACCAGUGUAUUCGAAUCGCAGACUUUAGACAUUUUCACCAGCUUGGCACCAUCUAUUGAGACAUCAUACUCUUUUCCUUACCCAGAGUUUUCUAGAUCAACCUUAAUUCCAGACACAAGUGAAGUGGUAUCAACAUUCACUGAUGUAUAUUGGACUGACAUCUAUGAAACAAUCACGACAGAAGUGUUUGAAUAUAUAACUACAGAUGUAUACGAUAGUCUGACAGUUAGUACAGACGCCGAAGUACAUCCACCCAGUACUAUAUUCCCUAGAACAAGUCAACCUAGUUUUCAGACACAAUUAACGCUGCAGCCUUCAAGUCAAGAUCAAACUUCAUUGUCAUCAGCAGUCAUAGAAACAACUAUUAUUCCAAUAGAUACCAGCGUUGUUAGCUACAUCUCAUCAAUAAUAUACACAUCACUUGAGGAGUCCCCAGCAAUACCCAUUACUUCAAGUGUCUAUCUGACAACUACGGAUAUUGAGAGUGGAAAAUCAUCUCCAGAUGUAGGUACCGCGUCAUAUUUGUUUAGUACCAUUGUGGAUUCGAGCACUAUUUUAGAAACUGAUAUAACUACUGGUGUGUCAUCCUUUGCUGACUCGACACUGAUUUUUAGCAGUGAGGACAGAGUAACUUCAUUUGAAACGAUUACAUCUUCGCUCCUAUACAGCACAGGUGUAGAUUUUAGUACAGUUCUUGUCAGCGAUUCAUUGACUGGUAUACCGUCCAUGGCCGAUUCUACGAUGAUGCCAAUUAGUAGUCUGGAGACACCUUCUUUGAGACAAAGUACACCAUCCUUCCUGUACAGUACGGUUGAAGAAUUUAGCACCCUUGUAGUGACUGAUUCAAUUACGGACUCGACGGUGUUCUUCAGUAGUGAGAUUGGAACCGCUUCUUUGCUACCAAUUUCACCAUCGUUCUUAUACAGCUCCGGAGUAGAUUUGAGUACCAGUCGACCUACUGGUUCAGCAAGUGAUGCUCCCACCAUGGGCGACACGACACUGAUGUUCAUUAGUGACAGUCUGGCAACGUCUUUGGAACAGAUUCCGUCAUCUUUCAUGUACUUCACUGUAACGGAUAUGAGCACCAUCCUCGUUACUGAUACAGUCAUGGAUACAUCCUCUGUUCUUGACUCCACGAUGGUGUUCAGUACUGAGAUUAGGACCACUCCUCCGGUACCUACGACACCGUCGUUCCCAUACAGCACUCGUGUAGAAUUGAGCACCAUUCUUCUAACCGAUUCCGCAUCUCAUCCACCCUCCAUUACGUUCUUGACGUCGGUAGUGAGUAGUGAGAGUGGCAGCCCUUCUUUAGUUCCAGUCACACCUUCGUUCCAUGACAGUACCCUAGAAGAUUUUAGCACCAUCAUGGUUACAGAGACAAUUGCGGAUUCAUUCUCCGACUCGAUGAUGAUCAGUAAGGAGACUGGAAGCACUUCUUUGGAAUCGAUUCUACCAUCCUUGCCAUAUAGCACAGUUACGGAUUCGACUUCUAUUCUAAUAACCGAUACAAUCAUUGAGGAGUCAUCAAUGUCGCCCUCUACGGUGGAGUUUCACCCUCCGCCAUCAACCAUGUCAUUCCCAUCAAGCCUUAUGCCGAGUAUGCCGACAUUUACACCAAUGGUGCCUUCGUCCUUGCAGACACCCUACCUUGAUACAACAACUUUUCUAAUAACCACCACGGUAGAUAUAGAAACCCUGUUUUCAAUGAGUAGCUCCGAUGGGCUGUCUUCAUUCCCUACGGACUUUUCUGAAAUAUCUGUGACUCGUGUGUCGUCUGCUUUUGUGUCAUCUGAUUAUCUCACAGAAACACUAGUCACAUCCAACAUUGUUUCUGUAAAUGAUACUGAUACAUUACCAGGGAUAAUAACAAGUACAGACUACUCCACUCUCCUUACAAUAAGCAGUGAUUCCGUUGUUCACACUUCACCUAGUGCAUCAUUUGAAACAAUAACAACCAUAGUUGUAGACCCCGUUGCUUCUUCAGAACUGACGCCAUCGGAGUCUCUUCAGAUAACAAGCAUGGACACUUCCCUGUAUACAACUUUCCAGGAUACGUUAGUCAGUGACACACUGGUCAUACCGUCAACGGCUGUACUGGAAUAUUCAUCCAGUGGCCAAAUGACUCCAAUCAUCCCACCUUCUUCCAGUCUAAUGCCCGGAGUAUCAACAUCCGACAGCUAUGAAACCGUUUCGUCCGCAACAACAGAUUUCAUGCCACCACCCUUUAGUACAUUCGAUAUUAGUACAUCAUCUAUUGGUAUCUUACCAAGUCCUUCAACACCUGUAGGUGCUACGUCAAUUAGAACAACUACUGAAGCUUCAACUGACAGUUCUAGUUUCCUAGAAACCUUGUCCAUUAUCACACCAACAAGUGAAUUGUACCAAACGAUAUCAAGUCCAAUGGCUACAGAUAGUCCUACAAUCUCAAGUGGCGAGAGCAAUCCUCUUAAUUCCAUCCUCACGCUGGACUACAGCUCUUUUUCCACACCGCCAUUUACAACAGUGGCUCCUUUAGAAACAACUGAUUAUGUGGUACCCACCACAGCUGACACAAUCACACCUUCAACACAAACCCUUUUUUCGACAGAGAUGGCAUCUUUACCAUCGAGUAGUUACGCGGAGAUAGAGACGUCAGCUGUAAUAAGUGAAGUAAUAACAGAUACAGCCAGUCGUGGGUACUCGAUGAUGUCAUCGGGUGCUUCUACGUCAACAAUCCUCGUCCCAAGCUCAACUGAUCCUAUCCUGAGCGAUUCAAGCAGAGUGUUAGAGUCAUCAACGUUGCCAGAAACGCCACCUUCAACUUCUUUCUCGUCUGCAAUCCCCAGUCUGUCACAGUCAGAAAAAUAUCCAUCUACAUUUUCCCCAGAACUUACACCAAGUGAAUCAGUCAUGUCAUCCAGUGCGGAAUAUCAAGAAACCGCUUCAGUGAUCAUGUCGACAAGAUCUCAGUUAGUCACACCGAGUAUCCCACCCCCAACUCUUCCUAUUGCCACGACAACUGAAUCUCCCAUCGAGGUACCUUCUGAGUUUCAACUUGCGAUGGAUAUCAAGGUUUCUACCUCUGAGGACAUCAUGGCUGAAGAAUUUUCUGAUAAUCUCUCCAAUAACCUUGAAAUCCUGUACAUAGAAGCUGGAAACAAUAUUUUUGAAAGGCGACGUAGAAGUAACCCGGUGGUAGACUUGCCUUUGGAAGUCCCUUCAGACGAGGAAUGGAUAUUCACCAGAAAGCAACAAACCUAUGGAGAACGUAAUAGAAGGCAGCUUCUAACAUUCCAAGGGAUGCAUGGAGCCAAGGUGCAGCCCCUAUUCCAGCCGUCAAAAGGCGAUUCUUCUCCUGAAAUAGAAUGGAUGUUCGUCUCAAAGCAAAUUGGCAAAACAGGUGUAGGGCUAGACGUCACAGGGGAAACUAAUUUUCGGAAGAAAAGGCAGACUGAUCUUUCGGAUGACAUCGAAGUGCCGAUAUUGACGUUGUCACGGCCUGAUGAUGCUGACCCGGAGACCGUUACUUUGACCUUUUACGUAACGGAAAAUGAUACAAUGGUUUUAGCUUCUGAGGCAGCAUCCACGUACGGCAGUUUGACUGAAGCGGAGAUGAGUGCCCAGAUAGGUUACGCUGUAAGAAGUAUGCCACACCCAGUAGUACCGGCCCCAACUACUACCCCAGACUACCCCUACACCAUACCGCCUGCCAACCAGGCCGACUGGCUAAAGGUAAUCCUGAUCAUCGAUACUGCCUUUGACGAAACCAAUGCAACAUUUCAGAAGCAACUGCGGAACGACCUGGAGUUCCUCUACGUCAAUGGCAGUGCUAUCUUAGAGACCAAUUCUGCAAGGACAAGACGGGAUGUUAAGAUGGAGUAUACCGGUGAUAUGGUCUUUCCAGGGGACAAUCUGGUUCGGGAAAGGAGAGCUGCAGACCCAAGCUCCUUGACGGAAGUGGCUCUGGAAUCAGUCGAUCGGUCUCAAGCUGAUGGAGAGGACGUUGAUGUGGUGUUCUAUGUCGUUGAUGAAGGAAGUGUGGUUCCUGGGGCUACAGCCUUGAUUCCAUACCAGCAGUUCAGUCUUCAGGAGCUAGAGGGCGUUCUAGGAUAUCAGGUGGUAUCUCCAGGGGUGACCCUCUUCCUGACUGCCACUUCCACUGGACUUGAUUGGUGGUGGUAUCUCCUAAUAGCCCUUGCAGCUCUCUUCCUUCUUAUAGUCACCUUCCUCCUCAUCUACUACUACUGCUGGUCUAAGAAGACAGCGAUUAAGACAUUGGAUAAAGUGGACCGUUCCACAUCAGUUGAGCUUGGAUUCCUUCGACUCGAGAAGGAAACAAAGCCAAAACUCGUUGUCAUGGAGACAGUUCUUGAGGAGAAACCUUCCAAGAGAGGCCAAGUUAACGGAAGCGCAUCUCGAGAGGCGGACAAGGAGAGGCUUACAGAAGAUGGGACUCAAAAAUAUAAAAGGAAAAAGAAAAGCAAACGAGCAAAGGAAUCAACGAGGGAGUAUGCUAAAAGAGGCUAUUUGAGUGAUGAGGAUGACCAGCUGUUCAGUCACGUCGACGUCCAUGCAACUAAGCCAAAGACCAAGAAACCACUAAGUGCCUCGAGAGUACAGAACAACAUGGUUUACCCUGAAGCCGAGAGACUCCCGCCACUCAAACACCGAUCACUGGUAGCCUAUUCGGAGACCGAGAGUGAACUUAGUAACGAACAACUUCGGAUGAUGAGAAGGGCAGGGAUGCCGAAGUCCUGGUAUACUACACAUAUUGACAAAGAUCCGGAAGAACUGAAGAAAGACAUCGCAAGAGAGAAGAAGAGACAAAGAAAGAAGAAGGAGAAGAAAAUCCAAGACCAACUGACAGCAGAGCAAAUGCAAAAAGAGUUUGAUGCAGUUCUCGAUGGAAUGGAUGAACAAGGAAUUAAAAAUCCAACAGCAAGACAGCUGCAAUAUACGAGGACGGAUCGUUGGAAACCCAAGGGUGCGAAGAGGAAAAGUGAAAUUCCUGAAUCAGUAGGACACAGUGACGAGUCUGCUGUGAGACUGAUCAGAACCCGCCCUCUGGAGUCUGAGGCUCCAGCGGCGCCAAAUCAUGAAGAUAUCAAACGGGAAAUCGUGGAGCUUCUGAAAAGAGGUCCUCCUAAAGCCGCCCAAGGACCUUUCUCAAACACAGUAUCCGUGUCUCAGGAAGAGGCUAAAGAGGCUGCUGAGAAGAAGGAGAGGGAGGUCAGACUACGGAGAAAAUGGGCCGAGGAGAGAAAGAGACUAAACCGUAUUUUAGAUGAAGCCUUUGCUCUGAGUUCCACUAGUCUAGGUAAUUCAGGAGAUCAAGCAAAAGGUGACACGGCAUCCGGAAGCAACGGGAAUGACAGUAUAGGAGCCAGAGAGUUUGGUAAAGACUUAGAAGACUCGGGGUAUCUUCGACGUCAUGAUUACUAUGGUUAUGAUAGACUGGAUGAUAGCAUCUUACCUGGCAUGAUUCCUGGAAGGCUGCCCAUGUCAGCUCGGAACAUCCCUCUUUAUGAAACAAGCUUUGGAUUUGAUAGUGGUGAGCACCUCUAUGACUCGAUCCGAAGACCGCCCAUAGAGUACGAGUUUCUGCCGUCACAGAUGCGAUCUGAUGGCGCCGUACCUGCGUAUGGGGUUAGCGUUUCUCCGGUUCGAGCGCAGAGGGCGCGUGUCUCGCCGUAUCCUGUGCGGGGUUUUAUUGGCGUUGACCCACACACGAGCUUGAACUCUUCUUUGAAUAGUAGCCUACAGCCCAUGCAGAUAACACCCCGGAAUCAACAAAUAGAUAGAACUAUAGGAAACGACCAUCAAUAUCAGAAUGACGAUCGAGGGCAAGACAUUAUCCGUGUUCAAGAAGAGAAUCUAUCACUUCAAAGACUUGUAGCGAAGCAACAACGGGAGCUGGAUCAUGCUCUAGCCCUGAUUGGACAGCCAAAUUCAAGAAUUGACCAACCACAGAAGAGUAACAGUAAGGAGGAGAAGAUUGGAUCUAAUGGCCGAAAACAACGUAAAAUUGUUCCAGUUAACUCAACCAAACCUCUCAAUGGCCCGAGUUCCGUCUCAGCUUGGACGGAUGACCACAAGGCCGUAGAGAAGAAAUCCCAUCCACUGACUUCAACCCCCAACAAAGACAACCUAAUUAAGGUUAAACCAAAGCCUUCACAGAAGGAGGGAAGUGUAGUCUUGGAACACCAUAUAGAAAAGCCAGGUAAAGACUCGGGAACUGGUAAAAUCUAAUCAGCAACUCAGUAAGAAGCUGAUCGAUGCACAAUCAAGCAGAGAUCUCAGGGCAUUAUGUAAUAUAAGAACACCUACAAGAUACGACUGAAAUAAUAUGGUUCUAAUAUAGAAGAGGCUCUUUUCCGUUUGUACAAAUACGUAUAGAGCUAUUAAUUUUCCUUCUUAAUUAAAACCCACCGUGACUCGAUAUUGCUUAAUAUCCGGUUCAUUGCCUUAUGCAGAGUUUUUCGAGGGGAGGGAUGAGAAUACAUACAAUGCUUGAAACCCAAUAUAAGCUGGGGGGGGGGGGGGGGUUACCAAAUUUAACAAACAAAUAUUUUUAAAAACAAGCAACAAAAAGUGAAUUUAUUGUUUUUUUGUGGGGGGUGGGUGGGGGCUAACCCCUCUCCCCAACCCAAAGCCCGCCACGAAAUGACCAUCUGAAACGCGCGUUUGCUUUGAAAAAAAAAAAACAUAUUUUUGUAAAAUAAAUAACUCGUAGUUAUGUCAAAAUAUGCAUGUUAACUUGUUAGUCAGAAAAAUUGUCUAGUUUGUACAGCAUGCAGAUGAUAGAAAUCAGUAUUUUUGAAAUUUGAAAGAAAAUUGUCAUGACAGCUUAUGCCUC